CACUUUGAUCUUAUCCGUUUCUUUAUGGCACAUAAAAGGAGACAAACCCAUCGCCUUCUCUCCAGAGUAAAUAUAAAGUGCAGACCAUAUCAAGUUACUGUGAAGAGAUAUCAGCUAGGACAAGACCUCUUCAGACUUCAAGGGAGAUUCGCAAGAUGGAGGGGAAGAGCAGGCUGCCGGAGGUGACCAUCGUGCCGGCGGCAAGGCCGUUGGCUGGCGACGGCACCAUCGACGCGGCGAAGGCAGCGGCAGCGCCGGGCAAGGAGCCCAUCAGCCCUGGUACUCCGUCCUCGGCGGACGCCGGCCGCCGCGGCAAAGAGAGGCGCGCGGUGGAGGCCGUCCCGCUCCCUGGGUGGAAGCUCGACGCCCUCUGCCAGGAGUCUUGCCCGUCGCCGACCAUGAGGGCGCGCUUCCCCUACUUCUGAAGCUUCCCGUUGCAGUCCUGCAUGAGUUUCGUUUCGAGCGGCAACAUUGCAUCUUGUGCUUUGGACGUCUGACUGAUGGCGUUCUUGGGUGUUUGCUUGCUCAGGAUUUUUCUUUCGUGCAUCAGUGUAUCCACAUGCAUGUAUUAUGUAUAUAUAUGUAUUAUGAGUAUAAAGAUCUGUGAGCUUUGUGUCAGAUUGCACAGCACAGAUGAUGAACCAUCAGUUGAUUUCU